AUGGAGCUGCUGAAUGUAUCUAAUCUUUUCAGCAAUCCAUUGUUACUAUCUCUGAUUCCCAUUUUCUCUCUUUUAAUUUGGCUUAAACUAGCCAAAGGCAAACAUCUGAAUUUGCCCCCAUCACCCCCAAAGCUACCAAUCAUCGGCAACAUCCAUCAGCUUGGCAAACUUCCACAUCGCUCUCUCCUAGACCUCUCGAGGAACUAUGGUCCUCUCAUGCUUCUAAACUUGGGGUACAAUCCAACUUUAGUGGUUUCAUCAGUCGACAUGGUUAGAGAAAUUGUCAAAAACCAUGACGUUUCUUUCUCCAACAAGCCAAGGACCACAGCUGUAGAUUUUAUGUUCUACGAAUGCAAGGGUAUGGGUUUUGCACCCUAUGGUGAUUUCUGGAGACAGGUUAAGAAGAUGAGUGUUGUUGAGCUUUUCAGCUACCAAAGAGUGCACUCGUUUCAGUUCGUAAGAGACGAAGAAAUGGAACUUCUUAUCAACAAAAUCCGUUCUACUUGUGGUAAAGGAGAGUCCAUUAAUCUAUCAAAGAUGCUUGUUUUGGUUUCGAGUAACAUAGUUUCUCGAUGCAUUCUUAGUCAUAGAAGUGAAGAAGAAGAUGGAUGCAGCAAGUUUGGGGAGUUGAUUAGAAGGCUAAUGGUUCUCUUCACUGGCUUCUGUAUUGGCGAUUUGUUUCCUUACAUGAAAUGGAUUGAUGUGCUUACUGGAUAUAUUCCAAGUAUAAAAGCUUUAUCUGCAGAAUUGGAUGCACUCCUUAAUCAGGUAAUUGAGGAGCAUAGAGCUGUUGAAAGCCGUAAAAAGGACUUCGUUUCUAUCGUUAUGCAACUCCAAAAGGAUGGCAUGUUUGAGGACCUCACUCAAGACAACAUAAAAGCAAUCUUACUGGACAUGUUUGUAGGAGGAACUGAUACCAGUGCAACAACAGCAGAAUGGAUUAUGGCUGAACUCCUAAGGCAUCCAAAUGCCAUGAAAAAAGUCCAACAGGAGGUCAGAAAUGUGGUGGGAAACAAAUCUAAGGUUGACCAGGAGGACAUAGCUAAAAUGGACUACUUAAAGUGUGUAGUCAAAGAAACUUUGAGACUACAUCCUCCUGUUGUUAUUGUUCUUAGAAAAACACCGGCAAGUGUUAAACUGAGAGGCUUCGACAUUCCUUCGAAUACCACGGUCAUGAUCAAUGCUUGGGCCAUUCACAGAGAUCCCAAAUGGUGGGAAAACCCAGAAGAGUUCAUCCCAGAGAGGUUUGAGAAUAGCUCCAUUGAUUUUCAAGGUCAAGAUUUCCACUACAUCCCAUUCGGUUUCGGAAGAAGGGGAUGUCCCGGGAUGCCGUUUGGAGUUGCGUCUGUUGAGUAUGUGAUAGCGAACCUUCUCUGUUGGUUCGAUUGGAAAUUACCUUCGGGUGAAAUUGCGGAGAACGUGGACAUGACUGAACUCUACGGCCUCACAAGCAGCAAGAAAACUCCUCUUCAUGUUCUUCCUAUAUAUCAUUCAACUUUCUAG